AUGUCGGUAAGGACCAUUGGAAAGGUUAUCUUGUCAGAAGAUUCCAUAAUAUCUGUUCCGGCAAUUCAGAUCAUAGCGACAGUCCCAACUGACCCUACGUCAAAGAAGAUUCCAAUCUCAUUAAGCAUAUGCUACGGAGGAGAAAUUUCCACAAAUGAUUCUGAAACAAAUAAGACUAAUAUGAAGCAAUCAAAACUAAUGAGUUAUUAUUAUGCCUUGCCACAUCGAAGGAAAGAAGAUGACGUGAUUGGGGUUCCUUUGUUGGAUACAAAUAAUGACAUAAUAAGAGAUAUGACGAAAAGACUAGCUCUUCUGAUGGUAAAGAAGUUCAAUAAACCCUGUUAUGUGGCUUUAAGUAUAGCUUCAGAGAGUGAUUCGAAUUCUUUGGCUUCCAAUCAGAUAUUUGUCAUUAAGAAAUGCAUUGACUUCGUGGUAACAGUAUUAUCAGGUCCAACAACUAUUUAG